GUCAUGAUCUUUUUAAUAUAUCUUGGUACAAACCAAAUCAAGAAGUAAAUAUCAUUUUAGAAAAUACGCUUCAGUGGAAAAAAUAAUAUUUAGCGUCCAGCAACCAAACCGCGGUAAAACUUGUGCUUUUGCUGGCAAAUUAUUGAUAAUUUCUUCUCUUGAUCACGAGUUCAUUAUAGGAUUCACUAUCCAGUAAAAGCUUCGAAUGAAAUUAGAUGUGAAUGAGCAACGUUACACUAAGCACGGCUAAAGUGUAUCAAUCAUGAAUCCACAGCAGUUUUCGUUGCGUUGGAACAAUUACACUUCUUAUAUAGCUGGAGCAUUCGAUUCACUUCGUUAUGAAGAAGAUUUUGUUGAUGUGACAUUGUGUUGCGAAGGGCGAAAGAUACGAGCUCAUAAAAUACUUCUCUCAGCAUGCAGUCCAUAUUUUAAGGAUGUUUUCAAAGAGAAUCCCUGCCAGCAUCCAGUUAUAAUUUUCAAAAAUGUGCGUUACACCGAUCUUAUGUCCCUAGUUGAGUUUAUGUAUCAGGGUGAAGUGAGCGUGCCGCAGGAACAACUACCUUCCUUUCUUCACACAGCCGAAAUUUUGGCAAUAAGAGGACUCACCGACAACACAAGUGAUUCGCGCCAACCGGCAAGCACAACUACAUCAGCCAUCGCUCAACAACUCAUACAAAGUCAAGCGGUAUUGGAAAAACCAGCUACAAUUACCACUACUGACUCUCUGUAUCUUACAUUGCCAUCAAAUUCUACUAUAGUCCAUCAACCAAAGCUUGUACAAGCGCAGAUUCAGACAACUCCUAUCAUAACUAAGCCACUGAUCAAAAAUACACCUACCGAAAUGCCCUCCUUGGCUGCCUCAUCAACACUUGCAGUGCCAAUUGCUCAACAACAACAACCAGCUAUCGCCAAAAUACAGGUGCAAGCAUCGUCCCAGUCACAACAGCCACAACAGGUACAAGUACAAGUACAACAAGUACAACAGACCCAAACACAUCAAACACAGCAAGCGACAACUUCCCAGACUCAAUCGCAAUCCCAACAAGCUACUACUCUACAAGAAGUCGUUGAAAACGUAGUUCUCCCUAGAAAGAAGAAAGUAAAAGGUCAACAGAUAAUUGCAUCACAGUCAAACACAUCUAUACCUUCUGGUUCUACGGUAACAGUUACUACAACGACGACAGGGCAAUCUGGUGACAAUGAAAUGUAUGAGACAGAUACCUAUACUAUCACGACGAAGGAUGCACGAGAAGAUCACGAACAGGCCGAACAGUACGUAGAAAGUGGACAAUCUUCUGGCACUACGUUAAAGAUGGAAAUUCCGGAGUUUAUCAGCGUUGGAGAGCCGAUAAAUACUGGUAACGGCACAAAUAAUACAUACCUCCAAGAAAGCUACGAACUUGUCUCAGAAAAUAUGGAAGAUAAGGACGAGGAGGAAGAUAUGGCGCAGGAUAAUAUUGAGAUAGAAGGAUCUGAAGUGGAUAUGAGUCGUCUUUUCCAGGGAUCAACUGAUGAGCAGACGAAAUCUAACAUUUUACAAGAUAUUGUUAGCGAAAACAAAUGGUCGAGAUGUAAAAUUUGUCGAUUGGUAAUCACUGCAAGCAAUCUUUGGCGUCAUGUGCGCACUCAGCAUAGCCGCCUCGAACCAAAAAGAUGUGAACACUGCAAGAAACAAUUUAAGAACAAAUAUAGCUUACGUGAACAUGUAAGAAUUACUCACGAGUCGAAACAACCUCGGGAGGAGAACAUAAAGCAACAUAAUAUAGACCAGACAACUCCAUAGAGUUAACAAAAUAUAUUUCCUAACGGUUUUGAUACUUGUUUAAUUUAUCAAAUAUCUGAUAAUUAGGAAUAUCUGGUGUGGUGCCUAAAGCUCCUUCUGUAGCAUUUCAAUUUCAAUUACCAACAUUGCUAUGUAUAUUAUAUUACUGUUACUUAUAUUACUGAUACUGGGGCCCUUCACGAUUUUAGUCAGUUUUUUGUAUGGAGUUUGACAGUUGGAGGCUGAAAUUAUGUAAACACUCCAUACAAAACCACAAAAAAACUAGCCUGCAAUUUUCAGUCUAGAUUAUUCUAGCCUCAAAGCUAGAAUUAGAUUCGAGUACCUGCUCGAAAAAUGGCAUAACAAGGUAGUGUUUACAUUUAUCCCAAGGUGCAUUAAAGAGAUCUUGUGAUGGAAUCCAGAAUCAAAGUGUAUGUAGUCCAGGAGGUCUUUUUAUAACCAAAUUUGAAUAUCACUUUUUGAAAGGAUAGGUGAAAAUUUUUGUUUAAACAUGCUCUCUGGAGGCUUGACGAAUACUCAAAACACUCUUAAAAUCUUCAUUCAGAAGCAGAAGCGAUAAAAAUCAACCUUCUAAAAUCAUACACCUUGGGAUAAGCCCACCUGUAUAUUAUACCCACUUAGAUAGUUGCUCGGAGCCGGUCUCGUAGUACAGUCGUCAACUCGUACGACUUAACAACAUGCCCGUCAUGGGUUCAAUCCCCAAAUAGACCGCGCCGCCAUACGUAGGACUGACUAUCCUGCUAUGGGGGGGAAUCAAUUAGUCACUGAAAGCCAAAGCCCACAAGUGGGUACAGGCAGGCCUUGACCGACAUCGGUUGUUGAGCCAAAGAAGAAGAAGAAGAAGAUAGUUGCUCGAAAACUGCUAUACAUUGCAAACAGCUGACAGGCUGAAAUUUCAGCCUACAAACUUAAAACGGAAAGGCCCCCACUGUUAAUCUUAGCCCAGCUAAGCCCAGCUUAGCACAGAUGCGCUACCGAUUUUAAGGCUUACAAUAUCAAUCUGUUUGCUUGCGAUAUUGCUUUCAUUUGCUUUCAAAAAGACAAAAAACUAGUUGAUCAAUAUUGAUUUAAAUGCUCUGAAGGGUUAGUUAGUACAACAAGCUGGCGUCAAAAUAAAAAUAAACUCUUUGUAUGAAACUGUUUGAGGCGUAUUUUAUGGCCUUCCUUCUAUUGUAAUAUAUUUUAAAAACCAAUUAAAAGAGUCUGUCCGGCAAUGUAUUUAUAAAUUAUUUAAGGUAACAGAUUGAAACUCCACGCUCAAAUACACUAGAUCAUCGCUAAAAUGAAAAAAAGAGAGUUAUAUAAUGAUUAGAUCAAAUUAGUUGGAUCCCCUCUGCCAAUCACUACAUCCAGUACACUUUGAUUUCUGCUCGUCCAUUGUGUUUAUUGUCGAAAAAUGUUAAAUUGAAAUGCUUAAGCUUAGGCGGCGCUCUGGCAGUCAUUGACUAAAACAACGACACUGUUCCAUAGGUGCACUUUUAUCUGUUUCACGUCUUACCUGUCAU